GCUGGAGCCGCAAGACUUGGGAGGGAAAGUAGAUACUUUCGUUAAGCGAAGGCAUAAAGAAAAGCUGGUCGAAUUUCUAAUCUAUUUUGGAGAAGUAUAGUCUAUAAAGGCAGGUAGGGUAGGCUACUUAUAAACACAUUUAUUUUUGUAUCACGCGUAAAGUAAUAAGACGUUGGUUAUAACCACAUUAUAAGAUAUAUCUUGGUGAGGUUUGAUUUUGGCAUCAUUCAAUUCAACGAUUGAUAACUUCAUGGCUUCGAUAGCAACUGAUACUGAUCGUGGCUGCAAAUUGAACGGGCCGUCGACAAUUUACGGUAGGAUUGGCACAAGAAGACAAGGAAAGACAAGCAUAACCGGUAAAAUGCAGCCCAAAGACACGGAAUAUUCAACAGAUGGGUUACCCAAAGCCUUUUUACACAGUUUGAGGACACUCUUUGACAUCCUCGAUGAUGGGAAGAGAGGGUAUGUGCACAUAUCGGAGAUUGAGAGUAGAUGGCAAGGGGCAGAUACUCAUGAUUUGCCCGGCGGUGUUCUGGAGUGUCUGAGGCGGGUGACCCCACCGCAUGGUUGCCUGACAUUUGAGCGCUUCGUGGCGGGGCUGCGAUACUCCAUGCCGAACCCGGACAACAACAACCACAUAAAGGCUCAGGUUUCCCUGCACCCGAAACAUGCACUCCUGCAAUCCAAACGGCACCAUAUGCCAGCGCAAAAACCUGCCCCGCUCUCUACCUGCUCUGUCGGAACUCGGAUUGAAAACAAAGUUCGCCCACUGGGUCCAAGCAACGGGACAAAUACGCAUCACAAACGCGCGUCCUCACUUCAGAGUCGGUCCAGACAUAAUGAGGGGAACACUGGAUACCCACCAGUCACCUCGGUCGUAGGUGGUCCCAUGCGUUACACCAAUACGGGUUAUGAGAGAACAGGCAGAAGUUUGGAACGGGUAACCAUUGUGCCCGAAAGCGGUUCAUAUCGAGCGGAUUCGGUUCGGAUGGGGAAGCAGGCGCAUCCACAGCAGAGUCGGGUGAGGUCCACAGAGUCCCUUGCUCUCGAGUCAUCAAGUCUCCAAAAACCAAGUAUUGUGGAGGCUGGGUUACCGAGGUCCCAGAGUGAGUCAGCCACGGGAUUAACUGUCUCCAGACGCCAUGGGCGGAGCCGAGAUGAGCAGAGACGCCAUACCAUCACCAACGGGGUGGAUUAUGGAAUGCUGAAGCAGAUGAAGGAGUUGGAGCAGGAGAAGGACUCUCUGCUGGCCGGUCUGGACGUGGUGGAGCGGGCUAGAGAGUGGUACCAGACUCAGAUCCACAACGUCACCGAGAGACAGAGACACGUGGGCCAAAGCAACCACUGCGCGGAUUUCUUCACAGAAUCCCAGAAUCAAAGUCACAUGAAUGUUCUGCUUCCCAAGCUGCAGGAAGUCAACCGUUGCCUUAAUGACCUAAUUUCCUGCUCUGGAGCGCAGUCUUUCCCAUCCUCCAGCUCCCAGCCCACAGUGAUCUCCUCCAGCUUCCAGCCUCCUGCCCCCCCACAAGCCAUUCAGAGACUAAAGGACCAGAACCGCCUUCUCACUCAGGAGGUGACAGAUAAGGGUAAGCGCAUCACUCAGCUGGAGCAGGAGAAGUCUGCUCUGAUCAAACAGCUGUUUGAGGCUCGCGCCCGGAGCACGCACGACAGCAGCACCAUGGACUCCACCUUCAUCUGAAUACAGACACCAUAAUAGAACCACACUGCUCUAUCUGACCCCCCCCCCACCUCCCCAGUCACAACAAGACAACUGUAUCAGCUGUACCACUCCUACUGGAUUCCACACUCAACUCACCACUUCUGUCAUGAUGAAAGCACCUUGAACUUUUUUACCCCGCAUUGUACCACUCCCUUUGGAUCUCCCCAACUGACCACUCCACUUAAAAUGGCCUGCACACUAAUCUGGGCCGGCCACUCCUUGGGGGGAGGGACCCCGGAGUCAACCCUCCUAUGAUACAGUCAGCCUCACCCACUGGGCAAAAAUCCAGGAACACCACAGUCUUACCACUCCUAACUGGGGCCUUCCCAGGAUUCCACUCCCGCUUGAUCACUCCAAGGAUCUACUGCGAUGCACUAGGAUCCUACCUUAUUGAACCAGCCUUUACGUUUACCCUCCCUCUCAUCACAGUAUAUCCUAUGUGAUUGGACAUCAUGGACUACAUUUAAAACCGCACAGGAUCCAUCCCUGCCAAUCACCAUGACAACAGCUGCUGUACAAAAUACAUUUGUUGGAGGGACUUCUGGACCGAUACACACACCACACUAAAAAUGUAGAUUUUUUUUUAAAUGUAAAAGUUGAUGUGCUGUGAUCUACCAUUCCAACACAAUGUUGUUAACCAUUUAAUCCAGAUACUUUGAUCCCGGUCACACUUUGGUACAUAUUUCUCCCCUUCUAUUCCAAUACACCCAGUUGUGUACCUCAAACCUUCAUUGAAAUGGUUGAUAUGGUGAGAAGCUGAGCUCUCCUGACCUGGAGGACACCAUGACUGUGCAGCAUCUCAUUUAUGUCUCUCUAAGUACCCUUUAAGUGACGCACCAGUAAACAUAGCCUAUUACCCACCAUUUUAGAAGCAGAGCAGCAUGUAAAUGUCACAUUUUGUUUCCCUUAAAGUGAAUGUAUUGAGAGCACCAAAAGGUGACGCAUGUCCUACAAGCCAAGGGGAUCUAGUAGUGGAGAGGGUAAGAGAGAAGUUUGCACGUAGAAGAGACUUGAAGAUGAGAAGGAUUGGUAUAUAUUGAAUGUGCAUUGAGCCCUGGUCCUCAGUGGCAGUGUGACCACUGGAGCAGGACGUGGCUCAGAGAAGAGGGCUGUUGUGUUGGCUAGUGGAAUUAAAGUGACUCCUCCUUGGUUAAUAGGCCUCUAAUGUAAUGUAAUGCACUGUAAUGAUUCAUGCAAGACUGAUUUUAUAGUGGCGCUUCUCCUCUGUGGUGUCCUGGAGCCUUUGUGUAAAAAAGAAUGAGUGAUACCACUUUCUGUUCAUCCUGUACUAACAUGGUAUGUGAGACGUGGUUCCCUGAGAGGUGAACACCAAGCAUAGGUACAACUGCUCUUUAAUGCUGUACUUCAUAAUGGUCCCACUAAUCCAGGAUAAUAAACCGCAUGGUCAACAGCGGCCGUUCAGUCUUGAACCCCCUUUUUAACUGAGAAAAUGUUUUUUAGUGGCUGUAGAUUGCUAUGUAACGCAGCUAUGUGAUGAUGUUGCAGUGCAACUCGUAUUAGGUACUGUUGUGAUGUCUGCAUAUCAAUACUCUCUGCUGUGACUGACUGCCUGUCUUUCUCUCCUGUUUGAUUGUAUGUCUUUGGUCUCGUUAUUAUCUUGCUGCACAUGAGUAUAUAAGUGAAUGCCACCCUAUCCUUUCUGAUUUCAAUUGAAGUAUUCCCACCUGACUGUAAAAUAAACACCAAAAGGUGCCAAUAAGGUCAUACUAUCAGCCACCUUUUCAUCUAUUUUGUGGUGUUUUACCUUGUGAUCAAUUUAGCCUUGCUUUUUCAUUCCUUUGUAUUCCAGGGUUGAUCCAGAUGAGGGUCAUCAGUAGUAGGGUGGUUUUAAGAUGUUAUAUUAGCCUCUUGUUGAACAAAGUUGACUUGAUUUAGAAAGCAGUCACCUCUAUGCAGGUGGAUGUUAUGGGUCAGGAUGUUGACUGAACAGUUUCUGGGUGCAGGGUGCCUCCAAGUCGUGUUUUGCAUGGCACCGUUGGGAGCUUAUAAAGUAAGUAGGACCUGUUAUAUUACUCCUAAAUAAACUCUCCAACCUCUUUUCCAGUAUAGCAGAUAUUUAGAAAGUGAAGGAAAAUAUAAAUAAUUCUUACUUUGGUUAAAGAAGGUUUAUACAGACAGCACACUGGGCAAAUAUUUCACAUUUGGAUUAAUAUUUGAUUUGUUGUUGUCAGCAAACAUUCAUUAAAUGUAAAAUCAACCAAACAGUAAAACCCUCUUGUUGAUUUGUGGUUGAAACCGGUGUUAAAUGUAAACCAUUUCUGCAACAUCAAUCAAAGAGCCAUAUAUAUGAUGCGGUGUUUGUGUUUUGGGGAACAACAACGUCUAUGGAAAAAUGUUGCAUCUUAUUAAAACUGUUGAUACACAAACGUCUUAAUGAGAAAGUGUGUAAGAGGACAGGUAUUCGAGGACGUGUGGCUUUGUCUUGAACCAGGCUUCCCUAAAACAGGUGUGACUUUUGGAGGUAUGGCAACGCGGGGCUAGAUGGCGGGUAGUAGUGCUCAUGUGUGGAGAGAAAGAAGACUGUCUUGUUGAUAUGGAUAUAAUUACUGAUACAUUUGCAUCUGAUACUCUUUCUUCCUCUUCUUUUGUAAAACUCAUUUUGUCGGUGGCUGCCUGUAAAUAGCACCGUUAAAUAAUCACACACAUAUAAUUGCGCUUAACUAGUUGACUGUUUUUGUUUACAAUUUGUUCUUUCUGAUCAAAUAAAAAAGUAACCCGUGCCAAGUUGAUGGACAGGUUGAAAUGAA